AGGGCAAGGGCUAUGCAUCCAGUCUCAAGAGGCAGCGAUUUGCCAAGUACUUUGAGCAGUGCAUGUCGAUUGUGGAGACCGGAGAGCGACCCACAUCUUCACUCGGAGGCGAUCUGUUUAUUGCAUAUGGCAUUGUUGGACGCAAGCCAUCGCCCCCACAGAGUGCUUUCUCGCCUCUGCGGAUCGCUCCAGCUGCGGGGCGAUAUCCGGCAGCACCAGCCCAAGUAUUCAUCCGUGGAUCAUGGCGAAACGCGUCAAACUCCGAUUGAGUCUGUGGGGCAUGUUGCGGAUGCUGGGUCCCCAAGUCGAAACGGAGAAAUGAUUUGAAAUGGCGGCUGUUCGGAUUGCACCGCUCCGCAAAAGCAUUUCUGUUCUGGGGUUCUGCUCGAUCCUCGCUUCGACUCCAUCACCCCAUCCAUCCUGCCAUGCCAACUGCAACCUGGAACGGCGUCGUCAUCGCCCAGUCCGACCAGUUCGAGACUGUCGAGGGAAACAUCUACUUCCCCGUCGACUCGCUCGACAAGCAAUACAUCAAGCCGUCGACGACCCAGACCGUCUGCUCCUGGAAGGGAGUCGCAAGCUACUAUACCCUCGUCGUGAAGGGCAAGGAAAACCCAGACGCCGUCUGGUUCUAUGCCGACCCCAAGCCAGCAGCCAAGAACAUUGCCGGGCAUGUUGCCUUCUGGAAGGGGGUGACUGUGACUCCCUGAACCACUGCGAUAGCCAGGGUUUCGGCCAGUCAUUUCCCUCCAAAUAGCCUUCGCCUCGACCAGAAAGCAGGCGUCGAUGCUGUUUUGCUGGCGGAAUAGGUGUCCCGUUUCGAUACCUGAUCUCCAAUACUUGAUCUCCAAUAAAUUCGUCAGAGUUUUAAGCUUGC